AUGAGUUGCUCUGCUUUACAGGGAAAAUGCAUGGAACACUGUUUUCCAUUACCGGUGAAGGCGUUUGUGAAGAAGCGCUUUCCAAUCGCGUCUUGGCUGCCAGAAUAUAAUCUUAGGAAGCUACAGUGCGACAUGAUUGCCGGCUUAACUGUUGGUCUAAUGGUAGUUCCUCAAGGUCUUGCUUACGCUCAACUGGCCGGACUGCCACAACAAUACGGACUGUAUUCGGCGUUCAUGGGCUGUUUCCUUUACUGUAUUCUAGGCACGAGUAAAGAUAUUACUUUGGGUCCGACUGCGAUUAUGUCGCUAAUGGUAUCCGCCUACGGGAAACCCGAAAUACCUAAUUACGUUGUCGCUUUAACUUUCUAUACUGGAAUACUCUUACUCGCUAUGGGCCUUCUUCGGUUGGGAUUCGUUGUAAAUUUUAUUUCGAUUCCAAUCGUGAGUGGGUUUACUUCCGCGGCGACCAUAAUCAUCGCGUUCAGUCAGCUGAAAGAUUUGUUUGGAUUACAAAAAAUUCCUCGUAAAUUUACACAGAACGUGUACUACACCUUCAAGAAUAUCGGUCAGACAAAGAAAUGGGAUUUAACAUUGGGGUUAAUAUGUAUAAUGAUUCUGAUAACCCUGAGGAAGGUUGGACGACUCGAGUGGGUGAGCCGCAAGGACUCGAGCGACUCCAGAUGGUUGAAGGCGGCAAAAAAGGCGGUUUGGCUGAUUUCAAUCAGUAGAAAUGCUCUCAUUAUUUUGAUAGCUGCAGUUGUUUCUUCGUCUCUCUAUCAGCAUGGCCACAAAGAUAUUUUUACUUUGCCAUCGCGCAUUAAACCCGGUCUUCCACCUAUGCAGGUAAUUAAAUGUUUGCUUGAUAUUUUUCAUGAUCAUUUGAAGUGACACCUCAUCGAUGUAAUUGCUCUACCGGUCAAGUAUAUAAUUCGCUUCACAAAAAAAUGUUAAACAUUUCGUGAUAUAAGUGAAUUUGAUUUAAAUCUCUACGGAUGACUAAGGAACCUACAAUGAGAAUGUCACAUCGACUGAGAGUUUUCGCGUGAAUUCUUAAACGGUUGAAACGCUCAUGCUCUCGGUCAAAUUUUUAAAUGGAAGGUAAGCAAAGUCUCUUUCGCGGCCUCUGAUUGGGCAAAAGCUUAGGAAUUCUUCCAAGCGCGCGAAAAAUCCCUUGGAAACGCUAGCGAUCGUCUGUUCCAAAAGUGAAUUUUUUUCAUUCAGAAAAUAAUUAUUUCACAUGAUCUUGAUGUGUUUUGGCUAACUACAUGUUUAAGCUAAAUGUAAAAUACCAAAUAGUAUGUCCAGAAUUAUGUCACUAAACUUUGCGUUUGCCUAGCUACUCAUUUUAAUAGUUGGUACAACUGACUUUUCCCAAUUAAAACAAAGUGAAGAGCAAGUAAAUAACAUAAAGUAACAAGUUAUGCUAAUUCCAAUUUUUUUUUCCACUAUCAACCACAGAUUCUAAUGAUUUGAAAAAUUUGACCAGGUGAACAUCUGUUUAUGAUUGUUUUGUUUUGUUAGAGAAUUUUUUUUCAUUGAUCUUACAUUUAGUACAAGAAAAUACAAGAACUGAGAGAAGGAAUAAUUUCUUUAAAGCAUUCAUUCACAGUAUUUGAAAACAAAUUUCCUUUAGUAAUCUCUUGCAAGCAACCUUUGAAGUCACACCUUGAAAUUUUUAUAUUCCAAUUUGUGGAUUAGAAAGUGUUUAAAUGUGUCUAUUCUUAUAUUUUUUUUUUUUUUCUAAUUGCAACACAUAUGUACAAAAUUGUAUUUAUUAAUAGUCAGAAGCAAUGUGACUCUACAUCACCAUGCAAAGAUUGUUCUUAGAAUUUUAUUCUUCAGUUUUUUUUUUCCUUGCCAAUGCUGCAUGAUGAUUGUUUUACUUCCUUUCACCUUUUAAAUUUAGUAGCAAAAAUCAAUUACCUUAGAUACACCCACUGGUAAUUGCAGUGAUGAUGUAAUAGAAAAAAAGCAAUAAGAAAAAAGGAAUAUUCCAAUUUAACAGCAUGUAGCAUUAGCAUAUGGAAUAAGUAUAUAAAUUGUUUUUUAAAUUUUGGACUUUCUUGGAAUUUCUUAAAAAAAAACUGAUACUCCAAGAUAUUUGAAGUAAUUUAUCACUGGAAAUUCUGUGAAAAUUGUUCAACUCCUGGGCAUACAGCCAGUGGGUAGCUUUUAUAUGUUAAUAAAUUCCUGUUUGGCCUUUUCCCCUUUUUUUUAAUUUUGCUUUUAACCUUUUUUCUAUGACAACACCAUUGCAACAGGGUGUAUGCAUAUAUUAAUUUCAAGGUUUUAAGAUAGAGUCUUUUAACUUGGAGAAUGUACAUAAUAACUACAAAUUCCUUCAUCUGAACUUAUGAAUUUUAUUGACUAUAGAAAGAAAGUGAGAAAAUGGUUUUGAGGUCUCAAAUUUGAGAGCUGCUUGAAAAUUUUUACUGAGUACAACACUUUUGUGAAUCAUUAUUAGUGAAUUGGUAUUCGUGAUUACUAAAUGUCUAUGGUAUGCAAAUGAAUUAAAAAAGAGGAGAAAAGGGGUAUGAUUAAUGAGAAACUCAUAGACCAUCUUGCUUGCAAACAUAGACCCUACCACUUCUAAGCAAAUUAUAUUUACAUAAAACAUCACUAACUCUUUUAAGUAUUCCUGAAAGAAGUAUGAUGAUUGAAAUUCAGUAAAUAUGAAUAAGGGAGAAUAAUAAAUAUCUGUGCUAUAACUAUGUAAUUACAUUCAAUGAAAUAAUGGAGAUUGAAUAUUUUGUAUAUACUGAAGAAGCCUUCCUGAAAAGCCCCAUCACUAUUGACAUCACUUCCCUUUUAACACAAUUUAACCCUCUAACUCCUAAGAUCUUAUAAGUAAUUCUCCUUACUGUCUGCCAAAUGAUUCUCAAUAUGUUAGCUUGAAGAAUUUAGUAACCCCGUAAUUGAUAUUUUUCUUUAUUCUCAUCACUUGUCUGCAUGACAUUGUAUAGAUAUGGUGAGGAGAAAUUCUGUCUUGGUCACUCAUGUGAGUUAAAAGGGUUAAAAAAGGAUGGAGAUAAAGAUGCUGGGUAAUUUGUUAAGGGCUAUCCUGCAGUUUUUGCAAAAGUGAAAACAGCAUUCAAUGAUGAUUCUUUGUACCAGAAGGGGCAGGUGGGGGGAGGGGGGUGAGUGUGGGAGAAUCUAUGGGGAAUAGGAGGGGUAUAGAAGGGGUAUGGGAGAGGAAAGGGUCAGGGGGUGAAAGUGAGAGGGUUAGGGGUGUGGGUGGGGGUGUAGGUGUGGGAGAAUCCAUGGGGAAUGGGAAGGUUAUGGGAUAGGAAAGGGCAUAAGUGAUUCUAGUAACUGGUGAGACAGAAGUUGAAGGUGUGAGAGGUUAUUGGUUAUUUCAGGGUACUGUCACUAGUACUCUCACAGUUUCAAAAUAUCAAACUUCAUUUUCUUUCCUUAAAUUUUACAGGCACCUGCUCUGAGCUUUCAAGUUGGCAAUGCCACAAGAAGUACUCUGGAGGUGUUUAAGGACCUGGGACCUGGUCUAGCUGUGGUUCCCCUUAUUGGCUUUCUUGAGAGCAUUGCAAUUGCCAAGGCUUUUGCUCGCAAGAAUCGCUACACAGUGGAUGCCAGCCAGGAGCUGAUUGCCCUUGGUGUUGCCAAUUGUCUCAGUUCAUUUGUAUCCUCCUAUCCAGUGACUGGAAGCUUCUCUAGGACUGCUGUGAAUGCUCAAAGUGGAGUGGCAACACCUGCAGGAGGUUAGUUUCCAAGUCAAUACCAAUUUUUCAUGGAUUUUUUUCUUCUAUAAUAGCAAGCCACAGGUUUCCGUUGGUAGUAAAUCAUCAACCUUCUCUUUUAUAAUUAUAACCAUAACUUUCAAAUUAAGACUUGAACCCAACAGUUAAUCUGUCGAGUGUUACUUUUGGUUCAGUAUCCUAUAAGGGCCUUUCCACACAAGCAAACAAAACAAUAAUUCUUGAGACAAAAUCAAAGGACAAAUUUUGCCAUGUUUUGCCAAGUUUUGUUUUGUCUGUUGCUUCUGCAUUAAGAGUUUCAAAGCCGUCAAACUCUGUCAGCACCUGACCUGUUCAGAAGAUCAGCCAGCAUAAUUUGGCAAUGGAUUCCACCUCCAAUUUCCAGGAUUUAUCUUAAGUCCUGAUUUUAUAAUCCCUUAGUUUUGUAACAAAAGAAAAUUUUUGCCUCUUUAGUCAACUGAUUUCACUUCAAUUACAAGCUAUUCGUAACUUUUACAAAAAAUGCUCAACAAGUUUAUCACAGUUCUCUUUAUUUAAUCGAUUUUGUCCAGUUGUUACUCAGGACAAAUUUUGAUGGUGGUGCGUUUGAAGAUUUGUCUGCUUCAGCCCAAAUUUGUCAUGUCAUGGCAAACCAUCCGCACUUGUAAAAUGUUAGUGAUGACAAAAUAUUUGUCUAAAUAAACACCUUUUUCACUAGUGCAGAAAGGCCCCUAUCUUGAGAAUUUUUUCAUUCUCCAGGAUUUGGCAAAUUUCCAAAUAAUUAAGUGGGAGAUAUGAUGAACAGAUGGAUAAUUCUGAAUUCUGGAUUGAUGGGGUUAGGUCAAGCUCCGGUCAUGGCCUUGAGUGAGACUCUUUCUCCUUUUGAUGUUCCACCACUGGUUGUUCAAAGGUUGAAUAACACUCUCCACUAGGUGAAUCUCUAUCCAGUGGAUACAGUGGCUUGACCAGGGUUGGGUCAAGCUCUGGCCAUGGCCUUGAGCAAAACACUUCCUCCCUUCGAUAUUCCAUCCUGGCCCAGGUUGUUCAAAGGUUGAGUAACACUAUCCACUGGAUAGCAUUUUAUCUGUUAUUGGCUCUUUAUACAACUGGACCCUGUAGUAUAAAUUUUAAAAAAAGGAAAGUCUGGCCUCAACCCAAGCAGCUCAUCCAGCCAGAGUUUUAUCCUGACUUCUGUAUUGUGAAGCUACUUGGAGAGUUGCUUCCUUGCCCCCUUUGGAUGGUAUAGCUCUCAACUGCAGGUUAUCUUGGGUCCUCAGCAUGCUAAGCUUUGGGCCACCACCCAAAAAAAAGAAUUCUUAAAGGGAACAAGGUGAAAUAUUGAGUACCUAUUCACCUUUGAGUAGCAAUAUUGUCAGUUACUUAUGCCUCAGAAACUGAGAUACCUCCUGGCUUCUGUAUCCUGGUUAGUCCUGUAUGUAGGCUGAAAUUGAUGACUUUUAUACAUGUGGUUCCUUUCAGGGAUUUUCACAGGUGCCAUUGUUCUCUUAGCACUUGGGCUCCUGACAGACUCCUUCAAGUAUAUUCCAAAAGCAUCCCUUGCAGCACUGAUCAUGUCAUCAGUGGUAACCAUGAUUGAAUAUCACAUUGUGCCAAACAUCUGGAAAGUGCGGCGUAUAGACUUGGUGCCUUUGGCCAUCACCUUCUUUGGCUGCUUUUAUGACAUUGAAGUUGGAAUUUUGGUUGGUAUUGCAGUUGCAUUGUGCAUUCUCCUGUAUUAUGUGGUCUGGCCCCCCAUUACCAGGGUUGCUAGAGGAGACUAUGUGCUUCUAAAAAUCAAUGGAAAUCUCAGUUAUCCUGGCGUCGAACAUCUGACCAAUGAGAUACAAGAAGUCACAGCCGCUGACCCUACCCCACCUGGAAUUGUAAUUGAUUUUUCAGUGGUCACAAGCAUUGACUUCACAGUCUCUCAAGCCCUUCUGACAAUUCUGGAAGAGAUGGAAAACAAGAGAAUUCCUAUGUUCUUCUCUGGUGUCCUGGACAGUGUGCGAAAUAUGAUGAUCUCCUCUGGGAUUGAUUCAGGCAUUGUUAAUCAAGGCACACAAGCUGUCAUUGACUCAAUUAAUUCUUUGGAAAUAGUUGAAAAUUAAAUCAAUAUUGAAGCAUCAUUUCUCUCAAUCCAGGGUAAUGAAGUUUUAGGAAACUAUUUUGCUUACAGAUUAGGCAAAUGAAACACCAAACUUUUGAUGGAUCCUUUAAAUGACAACGGAUGAUUUAUAACACUUUAUAUGGCAAGCUUUUAGGGGUAUCCAUUCACCCAAAAUAUCACUGGAAUUACCAGCACAUUUAUUGGGUGAAUGUUUUCUGGGCCAUACAAGUUUGCAGUAUUGUUAGGAGACAUUUUGAUACUUUUUGAUGAUGAAGAGCAUACUUCUUUUUCUUAUUGUUGGAGCUCAAAUGUUCCUUACCUCAGACAAAUUUUCAAAUAUAGGUUCAUGGGUUAAUCCAUUUUUUUUUUUUGUCUUACCAAGAGAAAACAACUGCAAGUCUUCUACUAAGGGCAAGCUGAUUAGUUGUGUAAACUAUGUAGGUCAUAUCAAUGUGUUUAAAAGGAUCACAAGAGUUUAAAAAUUUCAAAGUUUGUCAUUGUUUUGGAAACGUAGAGGUUUCAUUGGUUUAGUUAACUAUUAAGUAGGUUAGUCGGAGUGAAAUAUAUUUAGAUCAUUGUUAAAUUUCAUUACAUAAACCCAGAAAAUUAUUCAUAAUGUUAUUUAAAGACAUAAUUUACCAAUGAUUUUACUUUCAAUUCGACACAUAAGUUAUUUAAAAUAUAUGUCACUGUGCAGAAAGACAGAGUUGGUCUUUAGGUAUAAGAAGAUAAAACAAGCACCUCAAAAGACAAUGUACUGAAAACUUGUCAACAGAUACUACAGAAAAUUUAGUAUGAAAGAAAAAAAUAAUAUCACAUAUUACAGUCGUUAAAAGGAAAGAAUGGUAAUAAGCCCUGUACAAAAUGUUGAUUUGUGAAAAGUCAAAUUAAAACAGUGCAAUGUAUGAGCAAUUAUUAAAUCAAUAUUCCAACCAUGUGAAAAAGGAAGGUUUUGAAGAAAAACAAUCUCUAUUUCUUGAAAACAGGCAAAAGUUCAAUAGUUUUGUAAUAAUUACUGUGACAUUCCUAAUUUCUCCUCUCCAAAGUUAGAUUAGUUAUGAACUUUUCCAAAGGUCAGGCAGGCUAACUAAUCAAAAGAUGCAAGGCAGAAGAACAGAAAUAUGGUUAAUAUUGUUUUAAUGAUUGCACAAUAUUUGGUUUGGAUUAAAAAAAAUAUAUAUUUUUUUAAAUUCAAAGCAUACUUAAGUAUUAAAAUGCAGAUCUGUGCUCAGUUGUGUUAAAUCCAUUAUAUUGUUCAUCAAAUAUAUAUUAGAUUGUGUGAAUCAUUCCAUUUAUAUUUUUGGUGGGAAUAGAGACAUAUUUUGGUUCAAAUAGCUACAAAAUAAUUUUAGGGAUGUAC